GCUUCUGGCAACUUUUGCCGCGAACAGCCGAAUGGAGCCGAGUCGAGGCGAUUGUUGACGGGUUUGUUUUUUUUAACAGGAAAUAAAAACCGUCCGGAUGAAUCGAUAACUGCAUGAAUCGAUAACUGAACGAAUUGAUACCGUUGUGAUUUAACAACCCACCGGCUCCAGUCGCGUGGUGAACGUUGUUUCCGGGGCACAUCGCCUCCUCCGCGGGCGGCGACUCGCCGUGUUGUUGGGCGGGGCGUCAUCAGCUAGCCUGCUUUAGCUAACAUGCUACCACCGGGCAGCGACCGCCGGCAACAAUGACCCGGCCCCGGUCGACUCUCGUUUGGCCCCUUCGUCGUCUCACUGCUGCCGCCGCUUCCGCCUCUUGUGUCGCCAGCAGCAGCCCGACUCCUGCCCUCGGCGCGGCCCCAUGGAUCCCGGCGGAAGUGAACUGGACUCCAGCCUGCCUCAGCCCGAGAACCCGUGUCUGAUCGUGGAGGACUCGCAGCCGGACAGCGUCGCGCUGGAGGACGACCCCGAGAGCAGCUACCGAGCCCUGCUGGCCCGCCGCCUGUCCGACCUGCAGCCCGCCGCCCGCAGCCCGGUGCUGGAGCUGAUCUCCUCGCCUCUCGGAAGCAGAUGCUCUCAGACCGACAGCCAAUCAGAGAGCUCGCAGAGUAACAGUCAGGCCGAGCCCAUAGGUGUCCUCACGGCGACCAACACCAGCUCAGCGUUCCAGGAGGAGAGUCAGGUCAUAAACCUCUGUCCGCCUCCGGUCAAGAAGAAGAAGAGUGCACCGGAGGACGCGGACAUGGAUUCCGGAGCGGACUCCACUACACACUGCUGCAGCGCGACCGAUGAGGGAACCUCUCAGUUCGGGUUCCUCGAGCUCUCUCAGAGUCAAGAUCUGCGCGGUGGCGAGGCGGCGAACAGUCAGCAGGGGGAAACGGCCGCGCAGCCCGACAGCGAGAGACGCAGCAAAACAGCUGUUGGUGUUCUGAAAAGUCGAUUGAUUUCUACCUGCUCUUCGUCACCGUCAGAUCAGAACACGAGCUCCAGGACUUCAGCGAGUCAGGAGAACAAAUCCCUGAGAUCGGAGGUGAGCUCCAGCAGCUCGUUGGACUCUCCGGCUCCGUCGGGCAGGACGCUCAGUGUCCAGGCUCUGCUGCACUCGCAGGGCCUCCAGGCGUCCGGUGAGCAGGAGCAGCAGGACGGCGAGGUCCCGUCCUCGCAGGACGACCUGUUCGACACCGACAAGACGGGCGCUGCAGUCGACAGCACGGUGUCUGAGCCGGAGCAGCAGCAGCGUCAGCCGACCGCGACACCGUCCUGCACCCUGCGACUGCUGCACCUCUCUGGCCAGGGAACGCUGGCGCAGGACAGUCUGUCCCAGAGCUCCGUUGACUACGUUGCACCGACUCCAGACAACUUCAGCCACACGCCUUUAAUCGUUCCCAGCUCACCGACCGGACCGGAGAACGAACACGGUGCCGACGAACCGAUGGACACGUCGUUGCCCCCGGACGACGGAGCGGGAGAGAAGGAAGAGCAGCCAAUGGAAAUGGAGGCCGCCUCCAAGCCACACCCGUCCGCCUCGACGCCCGUGUCCCAGAAUCCCCCUGGUUUCGCGUUGGAGCGCACUUUCUCUUUACCCUCCCAACCAGAGUUCUCUCAUGACGUGUUUGUCCCGACACAGAGCCAGGAGACACUGCGACAGUCGGACAAGAAGUCGUCGUUGUCGACGGCGUCUCAACAGCCGGAGUCGGCUCCUCUCCUCACGUCGCCUCUCCAGCUCUCGGUGAACACGGAGCAGAUCGACGAGGACAGUCAGGCCACGCAGAUAGAGGAAGUGGAAGAGACGCCCGGUGUCGACGCCGGCGACUCUGUGACUUCCUGUCGCGGCGACGCCGUCGUCUCGCAAUCACGAGUCGACACCAGUUCGAAAGCCUCUGCUGAGUCACAAAAGUCUGAUGUGCACGAAAAGGCGGCGACUUCUUUGAAUGUAGUAAAUGUGAAUGUAACCGAGGUUAAGAGCGACACGUCGUCCUGCUCGCAGCCAAAGCUCGGUUCCCCUGGUCCGACUGUGAACAGCUGUGUGCAGGAGACGCCCUUGGAUGCGACGCCCGGCAGUCCGCCCUCGCAGUCCGUCAUCUCUCAGACAUCCGUCGUGGACGUGGCGAGGAGCUCCGAGGAUGUGAAGGGAGGGGGAACAACCGCGUCGCAGCAGUGUGGGGCGGUCGGUAACAGCCAGACGGACAACGUCAUGACGCAGGAGGAAGUGGUGGUGAUGGAGGAGGAAGAGGAGGAGGCGAGUGCAGGAGGAGGCGGGGCUUCGGGGAUUGAUCUAGUUCUGUCCCAGAGUGAGCUGUUGUCUCCUGAGCCCAUGGAGGAGGAGGAGGAAGACGGUGAAGAGCCGGCGGCGGACAGCGUCAUCGUGGUCACAGACAGCGAGCGAGACUCCCAGAUUCUGAAGAAGGACGUGACACCACCGGCAAAGAGCAACAGCUCUCAGCCAAUCAGAGGCGACGUUGCCGCCUCCACCAACGGCCACGAGUCCCAGGCAGAGAAGACGAAGAAGAAGGUGAACGCGGCUCCUGACGGGAUGGAGGCAGAAGGGCUGAAAGACAAGAGCCUCAGCGACAGCUCGGGAGAGAUUUCUUUCCACUUCACGCUUCCCAAAGAAGGCGAGCUGAUUGGUCCCGCCCCCGGCACCACGCCUCCUCUCAUCAACCAACUGAAGCAGAGGCUCAGACACAGCACGCCCAUCGAGAUCUCGCCCUUCUCAGAGAAGUCCGACCUGGUGGCUGACGUGUCCGCUGACGUGGCGAUGGCCGCCGGCGACAACAUCGUGUCCGGCGACGGCGCGUGCGAGGACGGGACGGAGCAGGGCGACGGGAAGCUGAGUCUGAGGAUGAAGCUGGUGACGCCGGUCGGCGAGGGAAGCUCGGAGACGUUCAGUCUGCAGAAGCCAGCACUGUCGGAGGAGGAUGGGUCUGUCGUCAAGGUUACCACCGUUUCCAAGGCUGUAACCAGCCCGUCGGUGUUCAGUCGAGUGCGGCAGGUGCACAGGCAGCGGGAGGCGGAGGGCGACAGUCAGCCGGCGGGCAACGCUUCACCCGUCAGGGGCGAGCUGUUCGCCUCGCCGCAGAGGAGCUCCCAGGCCUCGUCGCUGGGAUGCAACAGCCUCCCCAACAGCCAACCGGAGCCUUCGUCACAGGAAACACCGGCAGCAGCGCCGCCGCCGCCGCAGCAUCAGCAGAAAACCCCCUCGCCCGCCGAGGGGAGGCGAGCACCACCCGGGGUCUCCGAGCCCCCCACCCCAAACAGUGCAGACGUCCGGCAGAAGGUGGUUUCUCAGAACACCGUCAGCUCCAGUCCGUCCAACAAGCUCCGUCAGCGGACCGUCUCCCAGCAGACCAGCGGCCUGGAUGCAGCGGGGCUGCGCUCCCCCGCCGGCAGGGGUGAACCGGAGUCUCCGUCCUUCAGAAGAACCGCAGGCCCCUCCCACUGCAGACACGUGCGCACCGUCCAGGAAGUGCGGACGACGGUGACGCGGAUCAUCACGGACGUGUACUACGAGGACGGCAAAGAGGUGGAGCGCAAAGUCAGAGAGGAGAACGAGGAGCCCGUGGUCGACUGCCACGUGCUGGACAGCGACAUCUCGCCGUGCCGCACGGGCAGCAGCUCCAUGACCUCCGGCGACCUGGGCGACAUCAGCUCGCUGUCGUCCAAGGCGUCCAGCCUGCAGCACAGCUCGGGGGGGACCAGCAGCAGCACCGGCUUCACCAGGCCCGACUUCCUCAUGCCGUCCGGCCGCGGGGCCCGAUCCUUCAGCCCCCGUAGGGGAGGUGGGCAUCAACGGAGGGGUCACCGGGGUCACAGGGCGGGGUCAGUGAUCACGGUGGGGGACAGAGGCUACGGCGCCCUGGGGUCCCGCGGCUUCGUCCCGCUGACUCCCAGGGGAAGAGCCAGAAGGGGCCGGCCCCCGUCCCGCUACUCCCUGUCCAGGGGCGGCGGCUCGUUUCAGAGAAUCGGCGCUCAGCAACACUCGUCCUCGGAGGACGAGCCCUUCACCCGCAUGCUGCCCCCCCGCCUCCCCGCCAGCCCCACGGACGGCGAGCCGCCCAGCCGCUCUGACUCCCUCCGCUCGUCGCCGGAGGAGGGGGGGAGCGCGGCCGGCCGCAGCAGCUUCGUGGGCCUGCGCGUCGUGGCCAAGUGGUCGUCCAACGGCUACUUCUACUCGGGCCGCAUCGUCAAGGACGCCGGCGAGGGGAGCUUCCGCCUGCGCUUCGACGACGGAUACGAGUGCGAGGUGGAAGGGAAGGACAUCCUGCUGUGCGACCCCAUCCCCCUGGAGACGGAGGUCACCGCUCUGCUGGAGGACGAGUACUUCAGCAUAGGUGUUGUGCGCGGUCACAAGACCGAGGGCCAGGACCUGUUCUACAGUGUGGAGCGGGACGGCCAGCAGCAGUGGUACAACCGGACCUCGGUCAUCCUGUCCCUGGAGCAGGGGAACCGGCUGAGGGAGCAGCACAGCCUCGGGCCCUACGAGCCGGCCGCUCCGCUGGCCAAGGCCUCCGACAUCAGUCUGGACAACCUGGUGGAGGGGAAGAGGCGGCGCCGGGUGACCCUCGGCGGUCCCGACACGCCCAACCGCAGCUCCUCCAGCAGCCCUCGUACCCCCGGCCCGUCGGGCAAGAGGAAGCUGAGGACGACCUCAGAGGACGACCGGACGCCGGCCAAGCGAGGCCGCAGGGGUCCGGGCGCCAGAGCCGUUCAGCGGGUCGGCGCGUGCAACACCUCGGGCAGCGGCACCGACCUCCCGGGUCCGUCUGGCGACGCGGCGGACACUCACGGCCCGCUGCCCCAGAAUGCCUCUCUCUUCCUGGGCUUUGCCUUCAUGCUGACGGCCUCGUCGGAGAGCGACCGGCUGACCAACCUCCUCACCGCCGGCGACGACGACGAUGAUUACGUGCAGACGAGUCCGUACAACAAAGCGUACACGGAGUCGCAGCUGCAGGCGGGCGGAGGCUUCGUCCUGCCGGACUUCAACGAAGAACAGUGCAAGGCGGCCUAUCAGAGCCUGCUCAUCGCUGACCAGCACUGCCGCACCAGGAAGUACCUGCAGUGUUUGGCGAGCGGCGUUCCGUGCGUGUCGCACGUCUGGGUGCGCGACUGCUGCAAAGAGAACAAGCUGCUCAACUACAGGAACUACCUGCUGCCGGCCGGCGUGGGGCCGGACGCCGCCGUUGUGGAAUGGCACCCGCGCUGCAGCCCCUUCAAGGCCCUGCGGGUGCUGCUGGUGUUCGAGGAGCCGGUGGAGCUCUGGGCGCAGCUGGUCACGAUGGGCGGAGCCUCCUCGGUGCGACAGUUCCAGGGGGACAAGGACGGUUCAGACAUUCCGACGGGCAAGUACGACGUGGUGGUGACGGACCGCGCCUGUCCGCCGUUGGUGGAGAAGAGCGUGACGUCGCAGGACGUCCCGCUGGUGUCCCCCGAGUGGAUCAUCGAGAGCGUGAUUGGCGGCGAGCGCCUGGGCUUCCGCAGCAAGCCGCAGUAUCGCCACGACUACGCCUCGUAACUCCGACGCCACGUGUGCAAAAAAAACAAAAAAAAAAAAAACGCCUUUGGACCACGUUAAAUGUUCAACGUUCCUUCUGUCGCAUGCCUCCGCUGUACAUAACUUUACCCCCCGUCUGUUUUUAUGGGAUAAUAAAACUGUGACUCUGGUUUCAUUUUAA